CUUCUGACUGAGUCAAAUUUGGUGACCAUGUUAUAUCUUUUUAUCGUAUCUCUUAUUAUGGUGGUGUAUGUGGAUAGUGAGGAAUGUACAAGGAAAGUUACAGAGUUGCAAUCAAGUGAGAGAAAAUUGAGAAACGAAUUGGUCCGUCUGCAAAAUGUGUUUCUAAAACGUCUUGCCAGAACUGAUAAAGAAAAUUUGGAGGAUAAGAGAGCUUUUAUAGGAUUUUCAGCAUACAUGUCUCAAGGUUUUGUGGAUGGCCAUAGUAAAUCUUUGUCUCAGGGUAAAACACUGAUCUUUGACAUGACAGAAACCAACACUGCUGGUGUCUACAACACGAAUACGGGUACCUUCAAAGCACCAUCUAGCGGAAUGUAUGCAUUUACCUGGACAAUCUGUGUAGACAGUUUUACAAAUGACGAUGGUUAUGGAGAAUUCGGGGCAGAGUUGGUUGUUGAUGGAAAUAUUUGUGGAAAAAUACAUGCAGACACAGAAGUACGCAGUGAUGACCAAUGUUCUACUGGAUUUAUUAUUAAAUACAUUAGAGAAGGUGGCGCUGCUCGUUUGAGAAACAUCUACACACACCAAGGUCGUCUUCUAAGCAACGAAAAUCGAACACGUACAACAUUUUCAGGAUGGAAACUAAAUUAGUUAAUCUUAUACCUAGCUAAAUUAACAUCGCAAAAUUA